AUGCGCGGCGGGUUGUUGCCGUCGCGGCCGGCCGGGCAGAAGACGCGCCACGUGGAGCGCCACUGGCGCUUGGCGAGCCGCCCGGGGGGAGGAGGGGGCGGCGGGGAUGGGGAUGGGGGACUGGGGUGGUGUGACCGGGGCGGCGACGGCGAGGGCGCUGCCGUCCAGGGCGGACGUCAGCGUGCCCGGGCGGGAGGCGUCGAGGAGCACGUGGCGCGCCGUGCCGUUGGCUGUGUGGACCGCGUACACGCCGUCCGGGGUGCCGGGCGGGAUGGUGAAGCUGCCGUCGAGCGAGGGGGUGGUGAAGCUGGUGGGCUCGAGGCCGGCGGCGAGGCCGAGGAGGGUGGGGACGAGGGCGACGGAUACACGCAUCUUGGAUGUGGAUGGCUGUUGUAUGGGCUGGACUGGUACUUGGGUACUGUCGACACAAAGUUAUCAAGGAACGGCAGAGGGUGGGAGAGGUCCUUUUAA